AUGAUGAUAUCCAAUACAGUUAGAUUUUGGCUGUAUGUUAGCCUUCUUAUUCCAUCUGUUAUUUGCACAUUAUUUGCUAUUAUUUAUCUUCUGAUCAAUCGAACGUUGGGAAAUGUUCUCACCAAUCAUAUUAUCAUUAUUAUUCUUAGUUUAAGUUUGAUUUCUCAAGUAACAUAUUAUCCAUGGAUGCUUUAUUACUAUCAGUAUAAAGGUACUUGGAGAAGAGCACAAAUCUUUUGUUUAAUCUGGGGUUAUCUUGAUUGGUGUAUAUAUAUUACACAAGCAAUACUCUUUGCUUGGGCUACUAUUGAAAGACAUAUUUUGAUCUUUCAUGAUAGGUGGGUAUCAACAAAAAAGAAACGUUUUAUUAUUCAUUAUAUUCCACCAGUUUUAAUUCUUCUCUAUUGUUUUAUAUUUUACUUUAUUUUCUGGUUCUUUCCUCCAUGUCGAAAUAAUUUCUAUAAUUCUGACAUGUUAUGUCUUGAUCCCUGUAUUACAUAUAAUUCUACCUAUUCUAUGUAUGAGACAUUUGCGCAUCUUAUAUUACCUGCUUUAAUCAUUAUUGUAUUCAGUAUUGCUUUAUUUGUUCGUGUCUUAGUAAGAAAACGUCGAGUACAUGGAACAAUUGAAUGGCGAAAACAUCAAAAGUUAGCUAUUCAAGUGUUAUCUAUCUCGAUUUUGUAUCUUGUAUGUUUGUUUCUAUAUGCUUUAUAUUGUAUUAUGUAUGUGUAUAAAGUACGAACUAAAGCGUUUCGUGAUUUUGAAGAAUAUGCAGAAGUUCUUGCUUAUUGUAUGACACUUCUAUUACCUUUUGUUUGUAUUUUAUCAUUACCUGAACUUCGAACAAAAUUCAUCAAGAUUCUACGUUUAAGAUGCAGAACAAGACGUAUUGGUACAGAAACACUUACAAUGAGACCUACAACAAAGAAUUGA